UAACAAAAAUGGCUGCGCCCAUGAGAAAAACUUUUCACAGAAAAUUUCACAGUUUAUUGAACGAUAAAUCGCAAAUUUGGCAAGCUAACAGAGACAAUUUUUCAAAGAUACAAAAUAGAUCAUUUCAAACAAGAUCAAAAUUCUUUCCAAUGAGAAUAUCCUUAAAAGGUGGAAUUCUUGGCACUCUGACGGUUGCUGGAGCCAUUACCUUGGGAAACUUAGCGCAGAAGAGUAUUAGGGUACAUGCAGCUGUCAAGGAGAGACUAGAAUUAAAGCCUUCAAGAGAAGUUAGAGUCCCAGAAGCAGACUAUGGGUUGAAGCUGACAAUGUAUCAGUUUACUAGCUGUCCAUUCUGUUGUAAACUGAGGUCAGUCCUAGAUUACUAUGGAUUUUCCUACGACAUCAUUGAAGUCAACUCUGUGAAUAAAAAACAGAUAAAAUGGUCAGAUUAUAAGAAAGUACCAAUCCUUGUAUGUGAGGAUGUUGGAAAGAAUGGCUUUUUACAACUAAAUGAUUCAACUGUGAUAAUAAGUAUUUUACAAUCCUAUCUCCUGGACAAAUCACAGAGUUUGGAGAAGUUAGCCUCAUAUUACCCAGCACUGGAAGGACAAGAUGAGAAAGGGAAGAAAACUGUUGAGUAUCAGAAUAAAUAUUUUCUUAUGUACCAGCAGGCUGAACUUACAGAUAACAGAACCAAAGAACAAUAUGAAGAGGAAAGGAAGUGGAGAAGAUGGACAGAUUCUGAUCUUGUUCACAUGCUGUCUCCUAAUGUUUAUCGUACACCCAGCGAAUCCUUGGAGACAUUCAGACAUUUUGACAAAGUUGGUGAAUGGGAGAAGAAUUUCAGUAGUUGGGAGAGAACAGUUGUUAUCUAUGUAGGAGCAUCUGUUAUGUGGGUGAUGGGGAAAAUCAUCAAAAGAAAAUAUGGUCUGAAAGAUGAAGUACGAGACUCAUUGUAUGACUCGUGUCGUUUAUGGACAAAAACAGUAGGGAAGAGGAAAUUCUUAGGAGGAGAUCAACCAAAUCUGGCAGACCUGUCUGUGUAUGGUGUGCUGACAUCUAUAGAAGGAUGCCAGGCUUUUGAAGAUACCCUUAACAACACAAAGAUUGGACCCUGGUUCUAUAGAAUGAAAGAUGCUUGUACAAAUCAUAAAGGAAGCAGUUCCUCUCAUCACAGUUAAAAUUUGAAGUUGACUCGGAACAGAUGUCUUUCACUAUUUAAAUAUGUCAUGAAAUCAUGUUUUGAUGUGCUGCAAUGUUUCUACGAGUUCUUCUCUAGCAGUCUGUGUAUUGUUUGAUUAUAACACUCAGUAUUUCCAAAUAUUUUAAAAUAUUACUUAGAGGACCAGUUAUUUUCUCCUACUGAUACUCAUUAUAUGUUUUUUGUUGUUAUAAUUUAAAGCAUGAUUACCAAAAGUUAUUUUCUUAAAGCCUGAAAUUGUAAUUAGAUUCACCGUUAAGUAUGCUUAGAAUUUUAUACUUUCUUAGGAUAUAAAUGUGAAACUUUUACAGCUAAGAAAUGUCUGAUUAAUUUGUUAUUGUUCAAAUGGAAAACAGAAAAAUUAAAAGGAUUUUGAUACAAUGAAAGCAAAGGAAAAAUUUUCCGCCACAAAGUUUUUAUUUUUUACUCAAUUUUGAAGUUUAUAAAAUGGAAACAUCCCAAUUACAAAUAUUCACAAAUAUUAAUAAGUUACAUCCGAAAGACAAAUUUUCUUGUUUGUGCCUCUUUUAUUAACUUCAAGUGGCCAGACAAAUGACCACUGACCGAUUGUCUGUGUCUAUUUCGCAUGAAAGACAAUCUUAGUCCAUUAGAUGAUUCAAAUUACAUUAAAAUUUACAUGUAAAAUUCUGGAGAUUUUUGGAAUAAACAUCAGACAUUAAAAUGUUGGAAUUUUUUUUCUCUCCAAUAUUGUGAUCAUAUUGUAUGUAAAAAAAGAAGAUAUUUUAAAUUUUCCUACUUCUCAAUUCACAAAUCACGCUCUAAUUUAUUAAAAAAAAAAAGAUUCCUAUUAUUGUUGCAAAAAAAUUAUUCCAACAAAAUUUAUAGAACUUGUCAAUUUUAACCAUUAUUAUCUCCAUGGUAUGAUACUUCUAAUUCAUUUGCUUUGCAAAUAGUUUAGCAGUACAAGCAUGUUGUUUGCAUAAUGAUAUAGCGAAAAAGUGUACUAUAUGUGAUCGAAAGAUUGCUUUCUUAUUUAUUUUUGUGAAAAAAGUUAUAAUACUUUUUGUCGCAAUAACCAAUUUACCUUCCUUGUUUUGUUUUGUAAUAGAGAAAGUGAUCAGUUGUCAAACAAUGAAAAUGAGACUGAAAAAUAAUUGUGUAAAGAAUAAAUAUUGAUUGAUUAUCA